CACUUCCGGGUUUCAAUUUCGUGGCGGGACUAAACGCUCGAAUGUUCCCAUAGAGAUCAAGCCUAUGGCCUCUGCAAUGGAGCAGUCGGGGGAGAAGCCUGCGGCCGAGGCUGAGGACUGCGGAGAGGUGCGGGAUCAGCCGCAGGCUGCGGAGAAGUGCUUCGAGGACCGCAUCCGCCUGCUGCUCAGGCUGAGAGCACAGACACAACAGCAGCUCUUAGAAUACAAGUCAGUGAUUGAUGCAAAUGAAGAAAAAACUCCUGAACAGACCAUGCAAGAAAAACAAAUGGAAGUUAAAAUUGAAGACCUGGAAAAUGAAAUUGAAGAUGUAAAAAGUAAUUUCGAAAUGAAAAAUCUUGCACUAAACAGGAUGAAGCUUUCAGCUGCUCUUAGACAUAAGUUGGAGAAGAUGGGCGCUGAGAGUAGUGUGCUCACUGAUGACAUGAAGCAAAUAUUAAAACUACAGAAGUUGAUAAUGAAGUCCCAGGAGGAGUCUGCGGAAUUAGAGGGAAAACUGCUUGACGUUAGAAAGAAGAGACUUCAAUUAAAACAAGCUUCAAAAACUAAGCUUUUCGAGAUACAAACUGAGAGGAACAAAGAGAAAGAGGAUCUGGACAACAUGGAAGAUUUGGAAAUGAUAAAGACCAUGCAGAAAAAACUGCAGACAGAGAUAAAGAUUACUACAGUCAUUCAACAUGUGUUCCAGGGCCUUAUUUUGGGGAGUCAAAUCAACUGGGCAGAGGAUUCUGCCCUCAAGGAAAUUGUGCUGCAGCUGGAGAAGGAUCUCACCACUAUCUAAUAAGGAUCCUGCUUCAGCAACUCAACAUUGAUUUUGCGCCCACUCUUUCAUGUAAAUAGCAGAAUUCAUGGGAAAUAUAAGAGCUGGUUUUGGAACUUCUCUGAUACUUCAGCUCUGAGGGCCCGGGUUGGUGUUAUGACGUGAUUCUUUUGUUUGAAAUACGAUGACUAAAGUGACUGGAAUACGCUGCAGGAGUCUGAGCAUUGCGGUCUUGGAAGGAGGCAUCUGCUCCAGCUGCUAUAGAAUGUGGACAUCUUCACAGCCAUUUUCCCGGGAGUCCCUUUCAGGAUGCUUUUAUGCAUCUGUGCAUUGGUUUGUCAACCAGCACAUUAGAAAGGAUCCGAGUAUGAAGUGUUGAUUGUUUUAAGUACAGUUGUGAUUGUGACUUUGUCUUUUUUUCCCUUCUCUAUUUAGCAUGCAUUUUACUUUUAUAAGUUAAUGAAUUAAAAGAAUAAAUGUUA